CCCAUCCCCAAAAAAAAACACCGUAGCAGAAAGAAGAAGCCCCCCCCCCAAACACACACACACGCGGGAUAUCGCAUCAUCGCGAUGAAAGAUGACUUGACAGUUGCAAACUGCAGCUCUACCUCGUCGGACCGUGGCGAUGUUUAAACCUCUGCGUGCAUAGUACCCCCCCACACCCCCCCGCACCACUGUGGACGUCUCCAUCUGGGACUCGCUUGCCGACGGAGCGUUUGCUGAACCCGAUAUGACGGAGAUCAGCGAAAAGGAGAACGAACCACAGAACCUCCACCGUCCGCCACCGGCCACCGUGCCCAGCCCGCCCGAGACCAAGUUGCAGCGGCUGAAGCGCUCCCUGUCCUUCAAGUCAGUCAUGCGCAGCAAGAGCGUGGACAACUUCUUCCAGCGAGCCAACGGCGAAUCCCGCCCUCCCCCCGCCCUCAUCGCCUCACCUCCGCGGCCGCAGUCUCCCCCCCGGUCUCCGAGUCCCCCUGGCCUAGGAGCGCCCCCGUCGCAUCCGCUAGUCGCCCAGCCCCGGCCCCUCGUGCACCUGGCGUUCGCCUCCCGCAAGUCCUUGGAAGUCGAUGAGUUCCAAAGGCGCAGCCCAAGUCCCCGGUCGCAGCCGGCGAGGACGCACUGUUUCCAGGAGCACGUUAUCCGUCGGCCCGCCAACUACCAGGGGGGAAAGCCCACGAUCCAAGGGAACUCCAAGCAGGGACUGCGUUGCAAAGCCUGUAAGCUGCCGGCGCACCUGUGGUGCUCGUCGGAGCUCUCCCAGCAGCCCUGCAACGGCAAGACCGGAGCCUUCAAGAGGAACUUCAGCUCCCCGCUGUUGACCAGCGACGCGCUGGGCGUGGUCGUCGAGGCUCCCGCCUCCCAAGAGGCGGACAAUGGCACCGUCGACCCCGUGUACGAGGCGCUGCGCUACGGGACGUCGCUGGCUCACAUGAGCCGCUCCAGCUUCAGCAGUAUCUCAGAGUCGCCCUGUCACGAGGCGGAAAAACUGCAAGACAAACUGGAAAACCAGCCGAUAGCUGAAGAGGAACACAUCCCGGGAAUGCUCACCCCUCCGGAAAGCGAAAAGGCUGAUUCAGAAGACCGAGUCAGCCUGAAGACUCCUAAGAAAGUAGAGGUCCACUCCAUCCACACAUAUGUGGCUCUCUACAAGUUCCUGCCUCAGGAGAAGAAUGACUUGGAACUACAGCCUGGAGACCGAGUUCAAGUCACCGAUGACUCCAACGAGGACUGGUGGAAGGGGAAAAGCAGAGACAGGGCGGGUUUGUUCCCGGCCAACUUUGUGCAGCGCGUCCGCCCCGGUGAGCGCGUGUGGAAGGUCAGCGAUGGUUUCCACGGCAACCGAGACAAAGGCCAGAUGACUGUGAAAGAGGCCCAGAUCUGCGUGGGGAAGAAUGAGGAGAUUGACGGUUUCCUCCGGCUGAGCAGCGGGAAGAAGAGAGGCUUGGUCCCUGUGAAGAAUCUGCUGGAAAUAUGAUAGCGGUGCCCUUCUCCUUGACCCCGAAGAAGAACCUCACCAUGAAGAGGGUGCACUCAGGAGUGUGUACCCGACACCUCACUGACCGCCAACCCCCCAGCCCCCCCUCCACCGACCCCUCCAAAAAGAGGCCACAAAUGAGCUUUUUUCCCCCGCAGAAGCUUUUAAGACUUAAAGGAGGGUGGCGGCUCCCUCACAGCUACUUCUCUGUUGUAGCACAACUUUACCUUGCGUGGGUCUUUUUUUUUUUUUUGAUCACACUCACAACAGAAAUGUAGCAUCACGCCGAAGAGGAUAGUUUGCAGGAUGACGGCCUCCCUCUCUCGCCAUUUCGCCUCUCUGCGAAUAAUGAGAGAAGACUACCUUACUUUGAGCGGGCCGCGUCCGAGGCUUGUGAGAGCGAACUCGCUCAUUUCACUGUUUGCGUUGAGAGACCCGAGAGGUUUGUGAAAGAAUGUAGCCGUCUAUUGUAGUGGCUUGUGUCUCACACUUUAAGAGAUGUGGUUUGGUAGAUGUAGAUGGGCGGGGGGGUGUAUGUUACGCCGAUCUUAUUUUGUGUGUGCAGAGUGCAGCUCACAUUGUGUACACGUCUGCCUUUGUCGUAUGAGUUUAUGAGUUGCAUUUGUGUUACUUCUGCUCCGACUAGAACACGAUUCAGGUACUUACACUGUGUGUAUGGAAAGAUUAAAACAAAUUGUCUUCUAUGCUACACAACACACACACUGGGAUUUUCUAUGUUUCAAACUGCUCUCCAGUGAUUAGAUUAUCGUACACGUUUUGCUCUUCAUCUUUUCCAAAGGUGCCCUUCAAUGACACUUAACCCACACGCACACAUUUGGCAGCUCACGUCCCAUGAGACUCUAAAAUCCACCCCUGGAAUCUGCUUGUGGUCAUUAUGUUGUUUAUCUCUCUCUCUCUCUCUCUCUAUCUCUUUAAGUUCUGUGAUAAAUCCGUCAUAUUACUUUUUUGCACUACAAAUUGAGGAUGGUGUGAUUUUCUGACUUUCUGAUGCUUUUGUUGCACGGAAUAGCAGAGCAAUGAAACGGAUGUCUAAAGUUCGCCAAAUUCUUUCUGAAUGACUUGUAGUUCUUGCAGCACAUCUGAUUUCUUUUAUGAGGGACUGUUAUUGUUUUUGUUAUUUUAAGUCUAAAGGGCAAAAUCAACGCACGCCAUGUGAUGUAUCGCUCAUUAUAAAUCAUAAGGCAACGACAAGUUGCAGCAAUAACUGUAAAUAAAGGUAUGACAGUAUUUGUAAAUAGCCUUAUAUAGGCUCUGAAUAGCUCUCUGUCCAAGAGGUUUGCAGCUAUCUGAGCCAACUAAGGGCAUUAAUCUCAGUUAUAAAUUACAGGAGAUCAUUAUUUAUUGUCCCACUUUCCAAUGUAUGCAUCUCUUUGCUCAAUUACCAUUCAGCCGUGUCAGCACAACUCUUCUCCAAUACUAUGCACAACAGUUCUAGUCACUCACUUUAUUUUGUACUCGGCUUAUUUCUUGUGGAGCCACAAACGUGUCUGUAUAUACAUUUUGCUUUUGCAACAAUUUGAAUUAGGGAAUCCAUCCUUUACAAAGUGCUAAUCCUAAACAUUACCUUCACUGGCUAGAACCAAUAUUGGCUCAGGAUCAGUAUUUAACAGGUGAGUUCCCUUUCUCACCUUAAUGCACACUACCAGGCUAGUUCUUUGCAUGGCUAGCUGCCCUUUGAUCGUCACAGCGCUAAAUAAAGUCAGACAAACUGUCAAA